GCUACGCCAGACCCGUCGUGUAUCAAGUAAACAUGGCGGGGUCUGCGAUACGCGUUUCUCAUACCAGCCGAACGCAUAUAUACUGAUAACGCAUAUUCGUACACUCACUUCACACAACAGCAGACAUGUCGAGCACACAAGCAACGCCAACAGCGCCCGUAGAGUCGAAGAAGGUGUGGACGACCUUGAUCACCAACACAGACUACCUGACCGGCCUCCUCACCCUCGACUACAGCUUGAAGAAGCACGGCACCAAAUACCCUCUUGUCGCACUCUACACCGACAGCUUCCCCGCCGAAGGCCACGCCGCCCUCGACGCGCGUAGCAUCCCCAAAGAACACGUCAAGUACCUGCUGCCAAAGGUCGGGAAAGACUACACCAACGACCCUCGCUUCUACGACUGCUGGAGCAAGCUGACGCCCUUCUCCCUCGAACACUAUGACCGUGUUGUGCAGCUCGACAGCGACAUGCUGGUCCUGCAGAACAUGGAUGAGUUGAUGGAAAUGGAGCUCGACCCGCCGAGCGCAGCUGGAAAAGGCAACAAGGUCUUUGCCGCAAGCCACGCAUGUGUAUGCAACCCACUGAAGAAGGCCCACUACCCGAAAGACUGGGUUCCCGAGAACUGCGCCUUCACGUCGCAGCACUCCGAUCCUGCGACCGCACAGCACACCGGUGCCGGUCCCGCUGUCGGACUCGGCAUGCCCAACGGCGGUCUGCAGGUCGUCAACCCCAGCAAAGCCGUAUAUGACCUGAUCCUCGACCAGCUCGCGAACGAGUCGUCCAUGAACUACGACUUCGCCGACCAGUCGCUGCUGAGCGAUGUCUUCUGGGGCCGCUGGGUCGCGCUGCCGUACAUUUACAAUGCGCUGAAGACGAUGAGGACCGAGGGUGUGCAUCACCAGAUCUGGCAGGAUGACAAGGUCAAGAACAUCCACUACAUUUUGAGCCCCAAGCCUUGGUCCGAGGCGCCUGAUAAACUCAGCAACGAGAAUCACCAGUGGUGGUGGACGGUCAACAAUGAGAGGCUUGAGGCUGAGAAGAAGUCAGGGAUAGAAGACGGGUUCUGAGUAGUUCAAUGAUGGGAACGACGGCGUUGGUAAGGCAGAAAGUCUGGACAUAGAGCACGGUGUUGGUGGUAAAAUGGAGAUAUCCAUCGACGGUAUUGAAAAGUCACUUUGUUUAACGGGCCAUGUCCGCUAGUUUCAAUGACAAUUUCACUUGCAGGACCUUGCGAUUCCUAGACCCUAGGUUUUUGCCAAGACGUUGCACGGUAUUGACAAUCAAUCGCUCGUUGCGCUGCUA